GCGACGGCGGAGGCGAUGGGCAGCGAGGGCCAGCGGGGCCCGGCGGCGGCCCGGGGCCCGGGGCUGGGCGACCCCCGGGCCCUGCGGAGGGACUGCCAGCACCGGAUCUUCGUCAACCGGAGCCUGGCGCUGGAGAAGAUCAAGUGCUUUGGCUUUGACAUGGACUACACUUUGGCCAUGUACAAGUCGCCUGACUACGAGGAGCUGGCCUUCGCUCUUUUGCUGGAGCACCUUGUCACCAUCGGGUACCCUCCUGAGAUCCUUGCCUACAAAUAUGAUCCCACCUUCCCCACCCGGGGGCUGGUGUUUGAUGCCCUGUACGGGAACCUGCUGAAGGUGGAUUCCCAUGGGAACCUGCUGGUCUGUGCCCAUGGCUUCCGUUUCCUCAAGGGAGCUGAAAUCCUCCACUAUUACCCCAACAAGUUCAUCCAGCGGGAUGACAUGAAACGCUUCCACAUCCUCAACACCCUCUUCAACCUCACAGAGGCCCACCUUUAUGCCUGUCUCGUGGACUUCUUCACCAACUGCUCCAGAUAUGUCAACUGUGACACCGGCUACAAGCACGGGAACCUCUUCAUGUCCUUCCGCAGCAUGUUUCAGGAUGUGCGUGAGGCCAUGGACCACGUCCACCUCUCUGGCUGCCUCAAGGAGAAGACACUGGAGAACCUGGAGAAAUACGUGGUAAAGGAUCCCCGUGUGCCACUGCUGCUGAGCCGCAUGAAGGAGGUGGGGAAGGUCUUCCUGGCCACCAACAGUGACUACACCUACACUGACGCCAUCAUGUCCUACCUGUUUGACUUCAGCAAUGAGGUCAAGGCUGACGUCCCUCGGCGGCCCUGGAGGUCCUAUUUCGACCUGAUUGUGGUGGACACCCGCAAGCCCCUCUUCUUUGCUGAGGGCACCGUCCUGCGCCAGGUGGACACGGACACAGGGAAGCUGCGCAUUGGGACGUACACUGGCCCCCUGCAGCACUGUGCUGUGUACUCCGGUGGCUCCUCAGAUGUGGUGUGUGACCUCCUGGGUGUGAAGGGCAAGGACAUCCUCUACAUGGGGGACCACAUCUUUGGGGACAUCCUGAAAUCCAAGAAGCGGCAGGGCUGGCGCACCUUCCUGGUGGUGCCUGAGCUGGCUCGAGAGCUGCAGGUCUGGACAGAGAAGAGUGAGCUGUUUGAGGAGCUGCGGAGCCUGGAUCUCUUCCUGGCCGAGCUGUACCAGCACUUGGACAGUGGCAGUAGUGAGCGCCCAGACAUCAGCUCCAUCAAGCGUCGGAUCCAGAAAGUCACACAUGAGAUGGACAUGUGCUAUGGGAAGAUGGGCAGCCUGUUCCGCUGUGGCUCACGUCAGACACUCUUUGCCAACCAGCUGAUGCGCUAUGCAGAUCUCUACGCUGCCUCCUUCAUCAACUUCCUCUAUUACCCCUUCAGCUACCUCUUCCGGGCUCCCCCUGUCCUGAUGGCCCAUGAGUCAACGGUGGAGCACUCUCACCGGGACUCAGGGGACGCCAGCACUGCCCUUCCUCCCUGGCUGGCUCAGCAUGGUGACCCUCACCAGCAGGUCCCCCAGGACUCAAGUGAGGAGGAGGAAGAUGAUGGAGAAGCCUGAGCACACACCAACUGCCAUGCCACCCACGGGAAGACAUUCAGUGGCCCUGGACCACUUGCACUCAUGGCUAGCUACCACCAGAGACAUAAAAUUGGUUUUAAAGGAAAA